AUGGUUUCAAACAAUGCCGUUCCGAUGAAGUUAGAAAGUUCUGACAGAAGAUAUGUAGUUGUCAGAACGUCAGAUUCUCAUAUGCAAGAUACAGAAUAUUUUGACGACUUAGCAGAAACUUUGACACCUAACUUUUACAACCACUUGUUCUCAUAUUUCAUGACAUUAGAUAUUUCUAAGUUCAAUCCAAGACAAAUUCCACAUACCGAAGAAAGACAAACAUUGUUAGAAGCAAACAAGAGUGUAUAUGAACUGUUUAUAGAUGAGACUAACUUUGAGUGUUUAGAUGAAAGGUCAUUGUACGAUUCGUAUAAACAGUAUUGUCAAGAAUAUGGUUAUAUGGCAGCUUCUAAACGAACAUUCUUGGCAAAUGUCAAAAAUCUUUUAGAUGUUCAGAACGGCGUAUAUACAAAGAAAAAUUUUUCUGAGUAA